ACGUCGUCGUCGCCCCCACCCCCCCCAAUCCCAGCCUCUGGUCCACCGCCCAUUCCCUUCUAGGCCCGAAGCUUUUUCUCCGCUCUAGGGAACCACUGGCGUCCCCUCCGUAGCUGUUUCGUUUGUGCCCCUCCCCCCAGAACCUUGCACUUCGGGGAGCAGCGAGGCAAAGAUACUGUACACACCUUACGAAGGUUUUACUAUGUAGACUUUAAACACCACUUUUACACAGUUACCUGGUAAAUUCUUCAUUUGAAACCUACAGAACCAUGGCGACUCCUUCUGCUGCCUUUGAGGCCCUUAUGACUGGCGUGACGAGCUGGGAUAUCCCUGAGGAUGCUAUCCCAUGCGAACUGCUUCUUAUUGGAGAGGCUUCAUUUCCUGUGAUGGUGAAUGACAUGGGCCAGGUCCUCAUUGCUGCCUCUACCUAUGGCAGAGGCCGCAUGGUGGUAGUAGCUCAUGAGGACUACUUGGUGGAAAGCCAACUCUUUGUCUUUCUCGUCAAUGCCAUAGGAUGGCUUCGUUCCUCCUCGGAGUCGGCCAUUGGUAUACACUCAUCUUUAGCACCGUUGGUGAAAAUCCUUGAGAGCUGUGGAAUAGAGUCAACUAUUGAGCCCGAAGUGAACGACUCCAUGGGAGUUUACUGUAUUGAUGCCUACAAUGAAACCAUGACUGAUAAGCUGGUCCAGUUUGUGAAACGCGGAGGCGGCUUGCUCAUAGGAGGCCAAGCCUGGGAUUGGGCUAACCAGGGUGAAGAUGAAAGAGUUCUGUUCACAUUUCCUGGGAAUCUGGUGACCAGUGUGGCUGGUGUGUACUUCACUGACAACAAAGCAGACACAGGUUUCUAUAAAGUUUCUAAGAAGAUGCCUAAGAUUCCUGUCUUAGUUAGUUGUGAAGACGACCUCUCAGAAGACAGAGAUGAACUUCUGCAUGGCAUCUCAGAGCUGGACAUUACCAACUCGGACUGUUUCCCAUCCCAGCUACUAGUGCAUGGGGCUUUGGCUUUUCCCUUGGGGCUAGAUACCUACCAUGGUUGUGUAAUAGCGGCUGCCCGCUAUGGCAAGGGCCGGGUGGUUGUCACUGGUCAUAAAGUAUUAUUCACUGUGGGGAAACUCGGCCCAUUUCUGCUCAAUGCGGUCCGCUGGCUGGACGGGGGCCGCAGAGGCAAGAUUGUGGUGCAGACGGAGCUGAGAACGCUAAGUGGUCUGCUCGCGGUAGGGGGUAUAGACACCAGCAUUGAGCCCCAGCUGACCAGCGAUGCGAGUGUCUAUUGCUUUGAACCCACAAGCGAUGUGGGGGUUAAGGAGCUGCAGGAGUUUGUUGCAGAGGGUGGUGGGUUGUUCGUUGGAGCCCAAGCCUGGUGGUGGGCCUUUAAGAACCCAGGAGUGUCCCCUCUGGCUCGCUUCCCAGGAAACCUGCUCCUCAACCCUUUUGGCAUCAGCAUCACAAGCCAAAGCCUCAACCCAGGCCCCUUCCGCACCCCUAAAGCAGGAAUAAGGACCUACCACUUCCGCUCCACCCUGGCAGAGUUUGAAGUGAUAAUGGGCAGGAAGAGAGGAAACGUGGAGAAGGGCUGGCUAGCCAAACUGGGACCAGAUGGGGCAGCCUUCCUGCAGAUCCCUGCAGAGGAAAUCCCUGCUUACAUGUCCGUGCACAGACUCCUGAGGAAGCUGCUGAGCCGCUAUCGGCUCCCAGUGGCAACCCGAGAGAACCCUGUCAUCAAUGACUGUUGUAGGGGUGCCAUGCUUUCCCUGGCCACAGGUCUGGCCCACUCUGGAAGUGACCUCUCACUCUUAGUCCCAGAAAUUGAUGACAUGUACAGCAGCCCCUAUCUGCGCCCUUCAGAGUCCCCAAUCACCGUGGAUGUCAACUGCACCAACCGAGGCACUCGAUACUGCUGGAUGAGCACUGGGCUCUAUAUACCUGGAAGGCAAAUCAUAGAAGUCUCCUUGCCCGAAGACGCUGCCUCUGCUGAUCUGAAGAUCCAAAUUGGCUGCCAUACUGACGACCUGACCAGGGCCAGCAAGCUGUUCCGAGGCCCCCUGGUGAUUAAUCGGUGUUGCUUGGACAAGCCCAUGAAAUCAAUCACCUGCCUCUGGGGCGGUCUCCUUUACAUCAUCGUGCCUCAGAAUAGCAAGUUGGGUUCUGUGCCCAUCACCGUGAAGGGGGCUGUCCGUGCUCCAUACUACAAGCUAGGGGAGACAUCCCAGGAAGAAUGGAAGAGGCGUCUCCAGGAACAUCCUGGUCCGUGGGGAGAGCUGGCCACUGACAACCUCAUCCUGACUGUGCCAACUGCAAAUCUGCGAGGUCUGGAGAAUCCCGAGCCACUGCUCCGCCUCUGGGAUGAGGUGAUGCAGGCAGUGGCAAGGCUGGGCGGGGAGACCUUCCCUUUGCGUCUGCCUCAGAGGAUAGUGGCUGAUGUGCAGAUCUCAGUCGGCUGGAUGCACGCCGGGUACCCCAUCAUGUGCCAUCUGGAGUCAGUGCAGGAGCUCAUCAACGAGAAGCUCAUCAGGACCAAGGGGCUGUGGGGCCCUGUGCAUGAGUUGGGCCGCAACCAGCAGAGGCAGGAGUGGGAGUUCCCGCCACACACCACCGAAGCCACCUGCAACCUGUGGUGUGUUUAUGUGCAUGAAACCGUCCUGGGCAUACCUCGAAGCCGCGCCAAUAUUGCCCUGUGGCCGCCUGUUCGGGAAAAGAGAGUCCGAAUCUACCUGAGCAAAGGGCCCAAUGUAAAGAACUGGACUGCUUGGACUGCGUUGGAAACAUACUUACAGCUCCAGGAGGCCUUUGGCUGGGAACCAUUUAUUCGUCUCUUCACUGAGUACAGGAACCAGACCAACUUGCCCACAGACAACGUUGACAAAAUGAAUCUGUGGGCGAAGAUGUUCUCCCAGCAAGUGCAGAAGAAUCUGGCUCCAUUCUUUGAGUCCUGGGCCUGGCCCAUCCAGAAAGAAGUGGCUAUCAGCCUAUCCUACCUGCCUGAAUGGAAGGAAAAUAUAAUGAAAUUGUACCUCCUCACACAGAUGCCCCACUGAAACUGAAGUGAAGGACUACAACAGAGAAUUGAGACUGCUCAGCAAAGGAAGCUGAAAGCAUUUGGUUGGAGAAGAUCUCAACGCAUUUCUGGAAGAGAUGAUGUAAAUGAAGCUUGAUCCUGAAUGGGAAACAUGACAGCCCAUUUCAGAAAGAACACACUGAUCUGACCGUUGUAACCCCAAAGAGACUUGAGAACUAGAAAAGUCUAGCUACUAAAUAAUUGUACCAGUUGUAAAUUGACGCCCAUCCUACUCCGCCCCAACCCUUGUACAUAUAACACAGAAAAUCUACCAUUGGUACCAGGGAAGCUGUUAUUGUUAUUGUUGUUUGAAUAAAGGAAUCAAAUGACCCACCUGAGGAGAGGUAAGAAUUAGUGCUCCACAUGAUAUUCUUUUCACGGAAAUGAGUGGCCCGCUAGCCUGUCUGAUAAUUUUCUUCUGAGAGUUGAGACCCCUAUUCACAUAUCCACGGCUUCUAGUCAUGGCAGAUUUGCUGGAGAAACAGGAGUCCUUUAAAAAGACAAUACUUAACACAGCUUCUUAAUGUGGGUUUCCUGGUAGGAAUUCCAAGCAUGGGAGGAACCAAGGGAGACUCACAAAAAAUAACAACUUAGAUGUACAAAGGUUGAAAAAUAUUAUAAAGUAAAGGAAACAAAAUUCAUACAGGGAAAAAAAAUCCUUAAAAUUCUGUCCAUCUCUCCAGAGAGAUUUAAGGUGUAUUUGUAAGAUAAUAUGCUGAGACAAUUCUGAACAUUUUAAAAGCAAAACAAGACUGCCAAAAAUAUUCAGGAGAUAGGCUGGAAAAUGAAAUAGAAUGGAUCUCCCCAUAUACACAACAAAAUGAAAUAACAAACAAUAGUAAGGAAGGAAAGAGAAAUAUGCAAUCACCGUUUAACCACUACGAGUUCCCAGACAGGACAUAGAUAGCAUGGGUGCACAGAGAAGAAGAAAGACUUGAGAAACACCAGAUUGAGGGGACCCAAUACCAAUGACAUCUAGGUACAGUGCUAAGAAAACUUGGAAUCGUAGGGUUAGCGAGAACAUAUUCAGAAUGUUCAGGGAAGGGAAAACAGGUCAAUCAAACCUAGAGGGGAAGAGUCUGGCAGCUUCAGCAGCAGCACUGAAUACUACAAGUCAAGGGAACAAUGGAUUUACUUUUGUUCACUUUUGAAAACUUUUGUUUCCAGAAUUCCAUGUAGAGCAGAUUGACAAGAGUAAUGUAAAAAUAAAAAUACCUUUCGGCAGGUGAGUUUUUAGAAACCCUCUUUCCCUCCUUUGUACUCUCAUUGAGGAAGUUUUCCAUUUAAAAAAAUGAGGAUGAAAGUCCCCAGGAAAGGAGGAAAGAGGUCGUGGACACCAGCGGACCUCACGCAGGUUGUCUCAGUAUGGAGUGGGAGUUAUCUAAUAGACCCACUUCAGAAGAGAACACAGCCUUGGGCUCAGAGAAGAAUGUGCCAGAGUAGUACUGAGUAAAUGAGACAUUUGGAGACAUGGAAGACAUCCAGUCCUUUAUCACAAAAAUGAGUAAUAAUAUGUGAAGAAAUUUAAGUUCCACUGUGAGGGGAAAUAGAGUGGGGUAGGGUUUCGCAUGAACAAUGAGAAGAGACUUGAUUGGCCGUUGGCAGUAGGUAAAUAAGUUCCCUUUCCAGCGGGACAGGCACCACGACGUCUAGGAGUCUAGGAAUAUGUAUAUUUUCCACCUGGAUCAGUAAGAAGCAUUUUAAUAGCCAAAAUAAUGUAGAUGCCACUUAUAGAUCUUCAGUGUUCUGAUCCACCUGCGAACGAAGACCAAAAGGCUAAAUGUUUCACCCAGAACAGAAGUGGGAAGUGAUGUCAGCCAGCUGAGUGGAGACUGGACUGGUUGGGAGAAGAGAAACAGAAGGACGAGUGGGCCUGCUUGGAUAGUCCAAGCGGGAUUGAACAGACACCGUCCUCAAUGAAUAGAACAUGGCCACAUGGUUAGUGUCCCGGUCAAUGCUGUACAUCAGACCCUCGAAAGAAUUAAAAAUGACAAAUCUAUCAAACAUUUGGAGAAGGGCAGGCAGGAGAAAGGUGGAGAUGGUGUAUGUUAAAUCCUUAUCUUUUGUAAUGGUGAAUUAUUAAAGACUGUCUAAAGUUAAUAAGUCAAGAGAUUAUUGUUCAAACAUGUUAUUUAAAAGUAGGAAGCUAGCCACCAGAUAUUGUUAAAAAAAAUCCAGGAAAUGGAAUUACAGAAGGAGGGUGAGGUGGGAAAUCGUGUUUUCAUUUCAAGUUCCUCUGUACUAUUUAAUUUUUUACCUUGUGCAUGUAUUAUUUGGGAAAGUUUAUAAUAAACUGAAAUAAAACAUC